GCAUUAUCAAUUUCAACCUGUUUCUCACACGUGACUCGAUCUAAACAUGGUCAAUUUCGACGAUUACACAGACUCUUAUGGUCGUUACAGUUCCUUAGCUACGGAUCAAUUGACAACGCAAUUCCAGAGCAGCGCUACUGUGGCAGAUCCCCAGGUAGGGAAUCCUCGCUAUGGAUUCAUCGCAGUCCUAGGGCUCGCCCAGCGAUUCAAAGUCGACUUCCUACCUAUCAAAUGGAACAAUCCCCUGGAUCUAAUCGGUAAGGGAGGCCAGGCUCGAGUCAAUCACACGCCCAUGUCUGUGCAGAUGAGCUUUGCUUUCAAACGAUUCCAGCACGAAGGUUUCCCAGAUCCUUUUCGUGAGGUUGUCCAAGAAUUACUCAUCCUCACCCACCCCUCUGUCCGACAUCACAAACAUAUCAUACACCUGGAGGGAAUUGUGUUGGACAUCGUGGCGGAAAAUAAGAUAUGGCCCGUGCUGGUUUUCGAGAAAACGCAUUUCGAAGACUUGUACAAGUUUGCAAAAUCGGGUAUCGGGAGGGAAAUGUCAAUAGAUGAUAGGCUGGCACUGUGCGUAGACAUUGGUGUCGCAAUCAGAGACAUGCAUGCAAAUGGUAUCAUACACGGUGAUAUAAAGCCUCACAACAUCUUGGUGUUCCCAGGUAGCGACGGCAAAGUUACAGCAAAGGUAGCGGAUUUCGGAUUUGCAACGUGGUUUCGCAGCAGGGAUGAUUUGAUCGCAAUGCCACGAUCCGUACCCUGGAACGCUCCAGAACACCGUGGCCAGAAAUUCAGGCCUCUGGAUGCUCAGCGCAUGGACGUUUAUUCAUACGGCAUGCUCUGCCUCUGGCUACUAUUUGGGGUAGACACCCCCGAAAAUGUGUUGUUACCCCUAUCAACCAUAUUGCAAGACGAUCAAACCCUUUGCUUCGAUGUUCUCGGUAGCUUGGGGAAAGAGAAUCUGUUACUUAUUUGGAAGAUGGAUGAGAACGACAAGUUAUUGGAUUGGGCUACAUGGUUGGUGUUGGAGCAUACCCAUAUAUCAGCUACAGUCCAGCGUGUGUUACUGGAGUUUUUUCGGUCAAGCCUCUCUUUCCAUUCUAGCAGACGUACUACCGACCUCGACCACCUGCUGUGUCUACUUGCUCCUAUGCGAAGUAUUCCGGAAACCAAUAUUGUUGACAGAGUGCAAGAGCAAGACGCAGAAGACUUCCAAGUGCGUUAAUCAUAUGUGGUGUUGUGGAUUCCUAUUGACAUGCACGUAGAUUGUGCAGUCCAUCUUGGCCUUCUAUUCUGGGGAUUUCCAACUACGCUCACACAUCGCCGAACAGCUGAAAAUCAUUGUAUCGGAGUCCACAACGCCAGUCUUCGAACAUAUACGAACCGCAAACGCUGUGGAGCAGCUAACAUUAUGCCGUAUAAUAGGGUUUGGACUACCCAGGGAUAGAAAUGCG